AUGAAAGCUCACCAUAUUCAGUGUUUAUUCGUAGGCUUAAUCAACACAUUGCGUUCUCAGUUUAGCUCUUAAAGUGUGAAAUAGAAAAAUUUUCCACUUUGUAAUGGAUUAUUCUAAAUUUUUUGCUAAAAUAGCCAAUCGAAGACAACCAAAUUUAAUCAGGCGGAUGGCUGAAGACUACAUACAUAACCCAAGUGCAAUAUCUUUUGCCAGCGGUAUGCCAAAUGCACAAACUUUUCCUUUCAAAGAAGUGAACGUUACUUGUAAAGAUGAAAGUCACAUAAAAUUAAAAGAUCGUAAUCUUGAUGACGCACUGCAAUACGGACCCACUAAGGGAUAUUUGCCGCUGGUAGCAAAAUGGAAAGAACUUCAAAAAAAGUGGCACAACCCUAAAUUUGAAAACUGGGAUGUCCACUUUACUUCGGGUUCUCAAGAUGGGAUAAGCAAAAUGUUUGAUAUGUUAAUCGAUGUCAGAGAUCCUGUGAUGGUACAAAUUCCAACAUAUUCAGCAACUUUGGGGGCGCUACUUCCUCUGCUGCCUGAAUUUAUAGGAAUUGAACAAGACCAAGAUGGAAUAAUUCCUGAGCAAAUUUACCAAAAUUGUAAAAAAAGACUUGAAACUAAUAAGCCAAUGCCAAAGUUCCUUUACGUGAACCCAAUUGGUGCAAAUCCAACAGGAACAGUCUUACCUGAAGAAAGAAAAAAGGAAAUUUAUGAAUUGGCUGAAAAAUAUGAUUUCCUCAUCUUAGAAGACGAUGCGUAUUAUUUUCUACACUUUAUGGACGAUCAACCAACUUCAUUUUUAUCAAUCGACACAGAUGGUCGUGUCAUCAGAUUCGACUCAUUCAGUAAAAUUUUUAGUGCUGGACUAAGGUUAGGUGCUGUAACUGCACAUAAGGAUAUUCUUGGAACAUUGUCCUUGCAUUUCCAAUGUUCGAAUCUUCAACCUUCUUCUUUAUCUCAGAUCCUGAUUUACAAACUAUUUGAAUCCUGGAGCGACGAGAAAUACGAGCAGCACUUUAAGGGUAUUCAAAAAUUUUAUCGUGAAAGGCGUGAUAUAAUGAUUCGUAGCCUCACAAAGCAUCUCACAGGAUUGGCUGAAUGGUCCACUCCAAAAGCAGGAAUGUUUGUUUGGCUUAAAAUAACCGCUUUAGAAGAUGUGUAUGAUGUAGUGAUGAAAAAAUGCAUAAAUCAAGGACUUUUUGUUAUUACUGGACACGCUUUUAAUUCAGAUCCAACUCAAAAGAAUCAAAACAUGAGAAUAUGUUACAGUCAUGUCACUGAGGAAGAAAUUGAAAAGGGACUCAGUGUCUUGUCAAAUAUUAUAAAAGAAGAAAUCGCCAGCAGAACAAACAAGAAAUAAAAUUAUAGUUUUUAGAUAAUAAUUGUUGUAGAAGAAAUAUUUUUUUAAUAAACAUACAUAAUGUAGAGUAAAAAUACAAAUUGAAUUUUAUUCCACGCUCAACUGAAAUGGACACCUUUUGCCCCUGAAUAUAGGGGCGAAAGUUGCCCCUAUUUGGGCCUUGGCGGCCCAUGCGGUGAACACUAGCCUAGCCAGGGAGUUGUUUAUCUCUGGAGAGUCGUGGGACAGUUACCUCUAGAGAAAAAGGUUCUCCAAGUACUUAAAGCUGUUGCUCUUGGUGGUUCGGAACCCACCUUAAACUGUAGGUCCCACUCCUACCGCUAAGUAAGUGUGGGGGGGGGUAAAGGAAUAGGGAAAAAAGUGCAAUGAAAAUGUACAUCCUCAGGGGACACAUUAGAAGCUUUCAUUCCAAGUAGCAUAUAUUUUCCGCAAACUGUAUUUGCGGGGCAAAAGUAAAAUUUGCGGGGCGAAAAUAAAAUUAGCGGGGCGAAAGUAAAAUUGGCGGGGCGAAAGUAAAAUCAGCGGAGCGAAAGUAAAAUUGGCGGGGCGAAAGUAAAAUUAGCGAGGCGAAAGUAAAAUUUUCGGAGCAAAAGUGAUGUCUUCGAUCGGAAUUCGAGGCGCGAACAAAGCUAUAGAAAAAUACGUCGGACCCGCUUUUCAGGGCCAAAAGGUGGCCACGGUCGAGAUUGGAAUAAAAUUUAAUUAUUUUCCAUCUAGGCUGAUUUAAGACGUUCAGCAUUUUCUGUUAUUGAAGAUUCUUAAC